CCCUUCAGCCUGUAAGCCACUAUUCUCUGGCAGCCUGUCGGAGGAGACCAGCACUGGAGGAUGCACCUAUCUGAAAGAGGCUAUCAUUGAGAAGCUUCACUUUUCAUCCUGACACCCCCCAAGUAAUGAAUCUGUGAGUGGACGAGCAGAGAAGCACACUUCAAAAUGGCAGACAAGGAUAGUGUGGAAAAAUAUUUGGAGAAUAACCCUCAGUUCGCCAAAGAGUAUUUCGACAAGAAGGUCCGAUGCGAGGCCAUCGCCGCCGCUUUCGCCGAGAACCUCGACAUCAAAGAUCCGGCCUCGUUCAAGGAUGUCAGCCAAAUCCAAGAGGCCAGUAUCAUCUUUGACAUGAUCAAAGAAAUGCAUUCGCAGCCUAUUAUGGAAAAGGCCAUGCACAAGGUCCUGCAGAGGAUAUGUUUGCUGGUGAACGCUGACCGCUGCAGCUAUUUCAUAUACAGAGCGAGAAACGGCAUCCCUGAGCUCGCUACGUGUCUUUUCGAUGUCACCCCCUCCUCCAAAUACGACGCGAAUGUGGUCAACCCUCAAUCUGAAAUUGUGUUCCCUACUGACAUGGGCAUAGUUGGCUACAUAGCGUCCUCCAAAAAAACAGUUAAUGUUCCGGAUGUCAAACAGAAUCCCAAAUUCAGUGAUUUUGUGGACAAACAGACAGGAUACACCACUAAAAACAUGCUGGCUGCCCCCCUCAUGAACGGCAAAGACCCACUUGGUGUUGUCAUGGCAGUAAACAAAGUUGGAGGGAAUGAAUUUUCCAAAGGAGAUGAAGACCUUUUCUCCAAGUACAUCACUUUCGCCACAGUCAUCGCCCUACAGCAUUACACCACAUACAUGUAUAAUGUGGAAUCUAGAAGAAGCCAGGUUCUUCUAUGGUCUGCGAGCAAAGUGUUUGAAGAGUUGACGGACAUUGAGCGACAGUUUCACAAGGCCCUGUACACAGUCAGGAACUACCUCCAGUGCGAGAGGUACUCUGUCGGCCUCCUGGACAUGACUAAAGAAAAGGAGUUCUACGAUGAGUGGCCGAUUAAACUGGGAGACGUGGAGCCGUACAAGGGCCCAAAGACACCUGAUGGCAGGGAAAUCAUCUUCUACAAGAUCAUUGAUUAUCUCUUAGAAGCAAAAGAAGAGAUCAAAGUCAUACCGACCCCUCCUGUAGACCACUGGGCACUUGUUAGCGGCCUCCCCUCCUACGUGGCUGAAAACGGCUUUAUUUGUAACAUGAUGAACGUUGCUGCUGAUGAGUACUUCACAUUCCAGAAAGAAGCUGUGGACGAGUUGGGUUUUGUUAUCAAAAACGUCCUGUCCCUUCCUAUUGUCAACAAGAAAGAAGAAAUUGUGGGCGUUGCUACUUUCUUCAAUCGAAAAGAUGGCAAGCCGUUCGAUGAGCAGGAUGAACAAAUUACUGAAGCCCUAACACAGUUCCUAGGAUGGUCAGUACUGAAUUGUGACACAUAUGACAAACUGAAUCGGACAGAGUGGAGAAGAGAGAUUGCGGCAGAAAUGGUCUUGUACCAGACUAAAGCCACCCCAGAUCAAGUCCAAGAGAUUCUGAACACGAAGGAGAAGUUUGACAUGAACCCCGAGGACUGCGAUCAGAAGGAAAUGUACAAACUUUUGAGAGCCAACAUUCCAGAAGCCAAAGAUGUCGAUCUGCUAUUAUUUAGUUUUAGCGACUUUCCACUCUCUGAGGUUGACCUUAUCAAGUGUGGCAUUCGCUGUUUCUUUGAACUUGGAGUGGUAGAGAAGUUCAAAGUGCCAGCAGAGGUCCUGACACGAUGGAUGUACACCGUAAGAAAAGGCUACAGAGAUAUCACCUACCAUAACUGGAGGCACGGGUUUAAUGUGGGUCAGACCAUGUUCUGUCUUCUGCAAACUGGAAGGCUGAGAAAAUACUACUCAGACCUUGAUGCCUUUGCGAUGGUAGCAGCUGCAUUCUGUCACGAUAUUGACCACAGGGGUACCAACAAUCUCUACCAGACAAAGAGCGCAUCACCACUGGCCAAGCUCCAUGGCUCCUCCAUCUUGGAAAGGCACCAUCUUGAUUACAGCAAGACGCUGAUGGCGGAAGAGAAUGUUAACAUUUUCCAAAGUCUGCAAAAACGCCAGUUCGAAACAGUCCAGCAUUUGCACGAUGUCUGCAUCAUUGCAACUGACCUGGCGUUGUAUUUCAAAAAAAGAACCAUGUUCCAGAAGAUUGUUGAUGCCACUGAACCAAUGACUGAUGAGAAGGAAGCGAUUGCUUAUGUGGCCAACAAUCCCAUUAGGAAGGAAAUCAUUAUGGCAAUGAUGAUGACAGGAUGUGACUUGUCUGCCAUUACCAAGCCAUGGGAGGUCCAGAGCAAAGUGGCUCUCAUGGUGGCAGCUGAAUUCUGGGAACAGGGAGACCUGGAGAGGACUGUGCUAGACCAACAACCCAUUCCCAUGAUGGACAGGAACAAGGCGGAUGAACUUCCGAAGAUGCAGUGUGGUUUCAUCGACUUUGUGUGCUCGUUUGUGUACAAGGAAUUUUCAAGGUUCCACAAAGAGAUCACUCCCAUGUUUGAUGGCCUGAACAACAACAGAGUCCACUGGAAGGAACUGGCUGAUAUUUAUCAAGCAAAAGUAGAUGCUAUAGAGAAUGAACGAAAACGACUAGAAGAGGAGCAGGCCAAAAAAGCCGCUGGCGAGGAUGGUGGAGAGGGAGGAAAGUCCAAAACCUGCACUAUGUUUUAAACAUCAUCUGACAGAAAUUCAGAGCCACAGAGAAGUCUAGGCCAGCAUGUAGAUGGAGGUGAAAUGUGCUCCUAGGAUCACUACAUUUUCACCAGCUUUGUCUCAUUUCCUCGGACAUACCUUCUUCAUGUGAACACGUAGGCAUUCGCCAGAAAUGGAUGAACUGUACCUGUCAAAUGUUGUUUUUUUCUGAAGGAGCACCAUAUAGACAAUUUCAAGCUUGUUCCAAAUCAUUGAUUUCACCUUUUAACAACUAACUACGCUGGAGGAAGGAUUUGCCACACAGCGGUGGGCGAAAAACGACUCUUCACCAAUGUUUAAUGUGCACAUUGCUUACUUGGAGUGUGGCUUUUGAGUCCACAGCAGUCUUCAAGAUUGUUGUAUGUUAUUUAAACAGCAGAAACAUUGCUAAUUUCUUAAAAUAGCAUAAUUGCAGAAUCAUGUUGUUUAGCUUCUCCGUAAACCGAUCAUAGAAGCUUCCAGUUUGAUAUUUACUCUACAAGGGUGAAGUGUGUAAUUUCUCCACCAAAUGGGAACUGCAAAAAUGCUGACUGUUUUUGACAUGUUUUCUUGAACACACCCCUCACCUGUUAUUGGUCAAACAAACAGAUAGCCCCACCCCCAAACAAACACCACUGGUGUUGCUGUUGAUGGGCUGCUUAAUGUUUUAACAGUUUGUGAAAUCAACUUACAAAUGACUUUCUAUGCAUAUUAAACUGGGGUGAGAGCAUUUUAAAAUCACUUUAAUUACACUUUACUUUUAAACUACUGAAAAGCAUAUUUUAAUACAUAUCAGUUGCUUUGUUUAGGGUUGAAGGACCAACUCAUUUGAAUAAGCUUUUAGAAGCCGAUUGCUUAUUAGCAAAUGCUUUGUAAAAUGUAAAAGAUCUCAUGCUACAAGUCUUGCACACCGACUACGAGUUGUUUUAAAGGAAAGGCUACAGAUCUUGUAACUUGCAUUGUUGCAGUUGUAUUUGGAUGGAUACGAUACAGGACGACUUUUCUACUUUUUUGAUGAAACUGAGAAUGUGAUAUGGCGUCAGCAGAUUAUGUGGCGCUGUGGAGAACAUUUAUGACCAGAACUUUGAUGUUUGUUCUUUUAAUCAUUUAACGAUACCUAAGCAUCAUCACACAUAGUUUUUUGAACCAUAAUGUAUUAUUGAAAGUAUAACAUUGAGCAUAUUACAUAGAAUAUCAAUUGAUAACAUAGAGGUAUUUGUUUAUACCAAAUGUUUAAAUUAUUUUUAAGUGGUAUUCUAUGAGAAAGGUGUGCAACAAGUCAGGGAAUAUUUCAAGAAAGUACAUUGUAUGCCAUGACAAGGCAAGAGGGAACGGUCAGUACUUGAACAUGUAAACCUAUAAGGAGAUUUGAAGUGAGUCUGAUGGGGGAGCAGCUCCUGAGAUUCACUCCGUUUUAAUCUUUAAAUAGCAUGCUUAUUUAAAGCAGACUACUGAAGCCUCUAUAUAUCUCCUUUGAAAAGCACAACCCCAAAUCGUAAGGUCAAAGUCUGUUUUUCUGACUUUUAGAGAGUUUGAUGAAAGCGGUAACACUUGAACUAGUGAAUGAAUCGCCUGAUAUCAAAAAUAAGUCACUCUGCUUUAGGUAAAAAAUACAGGGCACCUAUGGAGAGCUGUAAUAAAUGCAUUGAAAAAAUUAAAUCUUAUGUAAUAUCCGCCUGUUAGAAAAAUCAGUCAAGGCUUUUAAUCCAAUAACAGGGGCUGUGGCAGUCUAAAUGACUUCGCUGGAACUAGUGACCACACUUAAAUGUCAAACCCUCUAAAUCCAGAUCAGAGAGGCCAAAAGUGAGUAAAUCUUAUCUCAGGUUGAUGGUUUGUGCAUUUUGUUAGGCUUGUGUAUAAUAUCUACUGUGUGAGUGUGGGACUGAUAUCUGAUCAUCUUAUUUACUGAAUACUACCGCACAUAUAUUGUAAAUUAUGUCAUGUGAACAAAUAAACACAAUACUCUG